UGACCCGAGAGCCGGUCUUCGACUGUCGAACGCCAACUUUGAAUCCCGACGGAUCUCCUCCGUGUUUUUUACGCGACCGUGUGUGCGCGUGUAGGUCAGUGAUGUGCCGCGUCCGAAUGGCUCGUUAUCAUCGGAGGGAACCGUUACCGUUCGAAUGCUAAUCGCCGCCGAGUUCGUGACAUCAGUUCGACCAUUUUCGUAUACCUUGUUCGUUGAGAUUUUUUCGUCGUCCUUGUUAUUGUGUAGCGAUACAUUUUUGUGGUCGAUAAGUCCGUGAUCAUUUUCGUGGACUGAGUGCAAUAAUAAUUGAGGAAACGACAGACUAGAUCCGGCGGACGUCAUAAUCAUGAGGAUUCUGCCGUACGUGUUCCUCCUGCUCAUGGGAAUUACAUGGAGAUGUGUACAAUCAACGUGUGUUUUCGAAACUGAUUUUGGACUGUCAAUCAAUUGUGGUCUAAAAAAGUCUGGAUUAUUUCGUGUGAGAAAUCUUGGAGGCGUCAAGGGAUAUGUUGGAGUCGGCAUUCAACUGGCCGAUGAACUAGGAUUUAAGGAAUCGCUUUCGACUCUAGAACAAAAUAGUAAACGUCGUUCAGUCAACGGGUUUCCGGUGCCGGGAUCGUUCGAACCUCUGCAGUCCGUACCGCAAAAGAACAAUCACGCACUGACGACAGCUGCAGCCAACAAUGACAAUCAAGACAGAUCGGCUUACGCCAAGAUGAACGGCAGGACUGCUGUUGGCGUCGUCACCGUGCCACCCUUCCGGCCGCUGAUGGCCGCAGCCAACAACAUGGUACGCAAUGUAAGAUUGGCCGCUCAACAACAGCAACAACAGCAACAACACCAUCAACAACAGCGACAACUACAACAACAACAACAACAACAACAACAACAACAACAACAACAACAACAACAACAACAACAGCAGCAGCAACAGCAACAGCACGUGUUGAAGCCACUGCCCGUACCAGCGUUUGCCGCCCUGCCAGAGUCCAUAGCCAAAGUCGCAGUGGAGCCAGCGCAACCUUCGCCGUUCGCCAGUGGUCAUAGGCAAUCACCGAUGAUGGCUCCCGUGGUGACGCCCAUGGUUGGCCGACUGUCCGCGCCGCAGAUGAUGCAACCUGUUCAACCUGUCGCUUUGGUGCAAGUUCAACGUCAGGCGAUGCCGUCACCAGUGUUUAUGUCUUCGCCGCAGCAGCAGCAACUGUUAUCACCGAUGUUUAUGACACAGCAGCCGCAACAACCGCAAACGAUAAUCGUUCCGCAGCAGCCACAGCAGCCGCAACAACAGCAGACGAUGGUCAUGUCUCAGCAGCCUCAGCAACAGCCAACGGUGGUCAAGUCACAGCAACCGCAGCAACAGCCGACGGUGGUCAUGGCACAGCAGCCGCAGCAGCAACAGCAACAGCAACAGCAACAGCAACAGCAACAGCAACAGCAACAGCAGCAGCAACAGCAACUUUCCCCAGUGUACUACCACAACGCCAUGCAGCAAGCGGCCAACAGGCGUUUCAACGCUUUCGGCCAAAGUCCGCAAAACUCGGUAGACGUGCGACCGAUAGUCGUGAUGCCCACGGCGCCAGUGUCUGACGACCGGAAAAAGCAAAUCGACAGUAAUUCGCCUCUGUCAAACGAAGUAGAUUCGGCGUCGAUGAUGUCGCUGUUCAAUGUGGCCGCCGCCAACAACGUGAGUGUUGAACAGCUGGCCAUGGCUCUCCGACAACGGCAGCAGCAACAGCCGUUUUACCAGAAACCCGCCGACGAUGUAACCACACCUACACCGACCACGACUAUUACCGCGUUACCUACCACCACUACCACGCCACAACCGCCUCCGGCACUUACCUCAGCAUACUUUUCGGACGAGCAACAGACGGUCGCUAAGAAAAUACCUAUCAAACCGUAUAAGUCGAAAUACGUGGGCAGUCAGGUGGGCAAGGUGAUGAACGCCCCCAAGGAAUAUUAUCCCGUUGGAUACGACAAGAACUUCGAUGACAACUUUGUGUCUAAAGUGGACCUGCCCGACACAACAUUCAGUUGCGGUGACCAGAAACAUUUCCCCGGAUUGUAUGGUGACGAGGAUUUGGGUUGCAUGGUGUUCCACGUAUGCGCGUUCACCGAUGACGGUCUGACGCAAAAGAGCUUCUUGUGCCCCGAAUCGACGCUGUUCGACCAGACCAUACUCAAGUGCAACUGGUGGUUCUACGUUGACUGCAAGUCGUCUAAGAAAUUAUAUGACAGUAACAUUCCCAUAUCGAAGAGCUAUCAGCUGAUGAAAGCUCUGACGUUCUUCUCAUCGUACUCGGCGGGACCAUCCAUGGACGCUUCUGUGGCCGCGGCCACAGCCGCCGUGUCACGACAUUCGUCAGACGAGCCGAACAAGUCCGAUCUCGCUACCAUUUCGUCGCAAUUCGAUGGUGUCGCGAGUUCGUCAGUUUCAAACACCACCACAUCUACCGAAGUCCUCGACAACGUGUCAUUCCGAAGGUGAAUGGGUACUUUAUACCAUUUUCUUCCUCACUCCCACAAACAUAAACAGAAGGCCAGAUUUUUUUUUCGAGCGCACGCGUUUAUGUACACGACGUCUCACAAAUAUUUAAUUACUUUUUUGUUUUAUUUAUUAUUUAAUUUAUGUAUAACGCGUUUAUACCGUUGUAACGAAUAGGUUUUAGUGAUUUUAGAUUUUUACUAUUUUUGUGAUAUAAUAAUAUUUUUCAAAAUGAACGUUGUAUAUUAUAGCCUAUAAGCAAUACAUGGUAAUAUUAU